AUGGAAUUUUCAUCUGAGUGCGCUCCCGGCAUUCUAGAGACUCUAUCGGACGAAGCGAUUCAGGAAAUUACAGAAAGCUACGAUGGGGUUUUCAGCGCCAUGGAGUCUCUCAUUGCCGGCGGAACGGUAGACUUGUCAGGCGAGAAGGAGUUGUUAAUGUCUCAUGUUUCAAGUCUCUGCAAGUACGGGCUUGAUUCUCUUGUUCGUGACCACUUUCUUAGAUCACUCGAGCAAGCUUUUGAGAAGAGCGGUGCAUUGAGGUUUUGGGAACAUACGGUAACUAGCAUGUUUUUCUUUUUGGAACACAAGUACGACGGAGACCAAGUGUUAUGCACGAGGGGUUUGGAAGAAAUAUCGCGGUAUCGUAACAAGUGUCUGUCCAUAGUGGUUCAUGCUUUGCAGUCGGUUAAGGAAGAAAGACUGAACUCAGUUGCUCAACUUUCUUCGAGAUUCCAUUCAAUGUUGAUGACUACUCUUCCUCAGCAUUUUCCUGAAACACUCCACUGGUACUUUAAAGAACAGUUAGGGGAAUUAAGCGCAAUCAUAGACGAAAAUGAAUAUAAAAAUAUUGAUGGUAUGGAUUUGGAUGUUUCAAGACAUGACGAGUUGGUGAGGAACAUUGGGAAGGUGGUCCGUGACCUUAGCAGCAUCGGUUUCACUUCUAUGGCUGAAAACGCUUAUGCUUCUGCAAUCUUCUUGCUUCUCAAGGCAAAAGUGCAUGAUCUGGCUGGUGAUGAUUACAGGACUUGUGCUUUGGGAUCAAUAAAAGAAUGGAUUCAGACAGUCCCGCUUCAGUUCCUUAAUGCGCUUGGUGAUUCCAUCAGUUAUGAUGAUACCACAUCAUCUGGCCGUACCUCUCCUCUAGCUUGUUGUCCAUCUCCAAGCUUUUCCAAAGUGGUGACGACUCCUUCCCAAGGAAUUCUUAGGUGGAAAUUAGGGUUUGAAUAUUUUGCGUAUGAGACACUGCAAAAUUUAAGGAUAGCCAAACUAUUUGAGAUCAUUCUUGAUUAUCCUGAGAGUUCCCCUGCUAUUAAAGACUUGAAGCAGUGUCUGGAAUUCACUAGACAGCACUCUAAACUAGUCGAAUCUUUUAUUUCGUCGCUGAAAUAUCGUUUGCUUACUGCUGGUGCGUCAACAUAUGACAUAUUGCAUCAGUAUGUGGCGACCAUUAAAGGCCUUAGAGAAAUAGACCCAGCUGGCGUGUUUCUUGAAGCAGUGGGUGAACCAAUCAGAGAAUAUUUACGUGGACGGAAUGACACCAUUAAAUGUAUUGUCACUAUGCUUACGGAUGGAGGUAAUGCAAAUGGUUCCUGUAACCCUUACGAUAGUCUUCUUGAUGAGUUAAUGAGGGAUGAAGAAAGUCAAGAAGAGAAUGUUGGUUUUGAAUCCGAUGAUUUUCACACUGAUGACAAGCAAGCCUGGAUCAAUGCAUCUCGAUGGGAACCGGACCCUGUCGAGGCCGACCCUCUAAAAGGUAGUCUUAGUCAGAGGAGGAAGGUAAACAUACUUGAAAUGCUUGUUGAUAUAAUUGGAUCCAAAGAGAAACUAGUAAACGAAUAUUGUGUCAUGCUUGCUGAGAAGCUUCUCAACAAGACUGAUUAUGACAUCGACACUGAGAUACGCACUGUCGAGCUUCUUAAGAUACAUUUUGGAGAAGCCAGUAUGCAAAGAUGUGAGAUAAUGCUGAACGACCUGAUUGAUUCUAAGAGAGUGACCACUAACAUUAAAAGGGCAUCUCAAACAGGCGCUGAGUUGGGAGAUAGUGAGCUGUCAGUUGAUAUUCUUACCUCAACGAUACUUUCAACAAACUUCUGGCCACCAAUUCAAGAAGAGUCUCUGGAGUUACCUGCACCUAUUGACAAGCUGCUAUCUGAUUAUGCCAAUCGAUAUCAUGAAACAAAGACUCCUCGUAAGCUACUUUGGAAGAAAAAUCUUGGCACUGUCAAGUUGGAGUUGCAAUUCGAAGACAGAGCUAUGCAGUUCACAGUUUCCCCCACACAUGCAGUCAUUAUCAUGCAAUUUCAAGAAAAGAAAAGCUGGACCUCUGUAGAUCUUGCUGCAGCCAUUGGAAUACCCAUUGACGUGUUAGACCGAAGAGUAAACUUGUGGAUAAGCAAGGGAGUUUUGACAGAUUCAUCGGGAACAGAGCCAAGGGCCAAUGUGUAUACGCUUGUUGAAUCCAUAACUGAUACGGGAAAGAAGGAAAGCGAGGAGGAGACUUUGGCAGGUGAUGAAGAGAGUGGAAGAUGGAUAGCCGCUGUGGAAGACCAGCUACGCAAAGAAAUGACAAUAUGCUACGAGAACUUCAUUAUGGGAAUGCUCACAAACUCUGGUAGCGUUGCACUAGAACAAAUCCAUAACUAUCUCAAGAUAUUCUGUGUAGCUUACGACAAGUCACUGCAACAGCUUCAGAGCUUUCUUUCUGGGUUAGUCGGUGAAGAGAAGCUAGAGUUUAGAGAUGGAAUGUAUUUGCUAAAAAAGAAAAUUGGUUAG